AUGAUUCGACCUGAUUGUAAUAAUGAUUUUUGGAAGGAACGGUUCAUUAGUGGUCUUCCUUCUCUCUUUGCCGAAAAGGUUCGAACCAAAAUUAAGGACAGAUUUGAGGGAAAAAUCCCUUAUGAUAUCUUAACCUAUGGUGACUUAAUUAGUUUCAUCACUACUGUAGGGAUAGAUCUCUGCACUGAUAUCAAACUUAAGAAGGAUAGUACUUCCAAGUACGGACUAGGAACUUUCUGCCAAGACUAUGGAUUCACUAGCCCUGGCAAAAAGCACAAGAAAAGAACCUCCAAACCCCACAAGAAGGCUACCUCUAGUAAGAAACCCUUCAAACGAGAUUCUUAUAAACCAAGUAGAAAAUCCACCAAGAGAAAGACCUCUAAGGCAAAAGAUACUUGUUGGACUUGUGGCAAGACUGGCCACAGGGCGAAGGAUUGCAAGUCCAAUAAAAAGAAGAAAAUAAAUCAGCUAGAUCUCUCAGAAGAAACCAGAGCUAGUUUAUUCUCCAUAAUGGAAGACUCAGGUGAGUCUUCAGAGUCCUCCUAUACCUCAUCAAGUGAGGACUACAGUGAUGAGGAAUUCAUCAAUGCUGCUUAUGAUUCUGAUCAAUCCCAGUCUGGACAAGAAUGUACUUGUAAUGGCACCUUCUGCACCUGCACCAGGAAAACUGUUAAUGUCAUUUCAGGAUAUCCUAAAUAA